AAUCUUCGAGACCGACGAUCUCCUUGCCUCAAUCAUCAUCUGGAAAGUGUACCAUCGUCUCCAUCAUCAAACCCAUUCUCCCCAUUCAUUGCAUUGAACCUAGAGUGAGAAUGAAGAACAGAAAGAGGUCUCGAGCUAGUGAGGAUGCGGGGCCUACAGAGGAUAGACACCGGCGAUUACAUGCUUCUAGCCGGCGCGGCGAUCAAGCUGCGACCUCUCACGCGGUUGAGGCUUCAGCUCCAGCUCCAGUUGAUUCUAUGCAGUCGCCCAUGGUAGAGGCUUCAGCUCCAGCUCCAGUUGAGCCUACUGAUCGAGUUCCUACUCCGCCGUCUCCCAUGGUUGAGGUACCUCGCCAUGAGUCAGCAGGCGAGGAGUCAUCAGGCGAGUCGUCAUCCGGCGAUGAGUCAUCCGGCGAUGAGUCAUCCGACGAGGAGUCAUCCGGCGAGGAGGGGUCAUAUGACGAGGAUAGUAUUCCUCCUCCUGAUGUUGAUGCUGAUGUCGUGCCAGAGGCACAGGGUGGCGAGGAGGACCUGAUCCAGAGGUUGCCGCCGUUUCCGGGGGGGCCUGUUGAUCUGUCGCUUCUCACGCAUUAUGCUGAUCACAAGGCUCCCUGGACGUGGCAUGCACUCCUACGCACAGACGAGCGGUAUGUGGACCGUCGACACUUGAGGGUGGCCACAGCUGGGGGGAAGGUUUGGAACCUUGCUUGUGAUGGUGAUUCAGACAGUCACAGGAGGGUUCGAGAGUUGAUUGAGCAGACGGGUCUUCAUCAGCUACCCUGGUGCAGCUACUCGGAGACAGAUGCAGGCCUCAUUUUGGCCCUUGUGGAGCGAUGGCAUGAGGAGACUAGUAGCUUCCACAUGCCGUUUGGGGAGAUGACCAUCACCCUGGACGACGUGUCGGCUCUUCUCCAUCUCCCAAUGGGGUCGAGGUUCUAUACGCCUGGGAGGGGGGAGAGGGACGAGUGUGCAGCGCUAUGUGCUGAGUUGAUGGGAGGAUCUGUUGCUCGUUAUCAUGCUGAGUUUGAUAAGAACAGGAGCCAGACUAUUCGCUUUGGGGUCUUGCAGACCCUGUAUGAUGCUGCGUUGGAGGAGCACCGAUAUGAGGACGCUGCACGGAUUUGGCUGGUGAACCAGCUAGGCGCGACGCUCUUUGCUAGCAAGAGCGGUGGAUACCACACGACCGUCUACUGGAUAGGUAUGUUGCAGGAUCUCGGUCGAGUGUCCGAGUACGCGUGGGGCGCAAUUGCGCUCGCUACGUUGUACGACCAGCUUGAUCGAGCGUCCAGGAGGGGGACGGCCCAAAUGGGAGGUUUCAACUCACUCUUGCUAGGAUGGGCCUACGAGUACCUUUCUGAUCGCGUCAUUAUCCGGAGGGCGGAUCCGGAGUACUCACAGGACCAGCCUAGGGCGCGGCGGUGGGUUAUGUCCCGGGUCGGGCAUGCAGGCCUCGAUGAGAGGCGAGUCAUGCUCGAUGAGCUGACGGUGGAUGACAUUAUAUGGACCCCAUUUGAGGACCAUCGGGCUCAUCGACCACGGGAUCAGAGGGCCAUGUAUUCUGGCUACAUCCGGACGCCAUUUGGCCGUGUUGUUCGACGACAUCUACCAGAGAGGGUUCUGCGCCAGUUUGGCUACAUCCAGGAUGUCCCUCGACACCCCUCCGAGAUCCAGACGACUGGGUCCCUUGCUGAGACCGCAGAUGCUGCCUAUGCUGAUUUUGUGCCGCACCUGCGCCCUCAGGGGAUCCCUGUUACUCAUUCGGGAGAGGCUGUGGAGGAGUACAUGAGGUGGUAUGGCGGUGUGUCCCAUCGGUUCAUCAUCCCUGAUGAUAGGAGGGAGGAGUUUAGUGCUGUGGUAAGUUUGAAUUUUAUUUUUCAUGCAAUUGUGAUUUUUUGUUCAUGAUAUUUUAUUUGUACACUCACAUUUAUGUACAUUAUUUUUGCAGACGGUUGUGCGUCGGGUCGUGGACUUGUUGGAGCAGUCACUGGAGGUGCCAGAUGCUCUUGCAGUUGGCACGCAUGCCCGAUCCCUCACUGAGAGGGCGCUGGAUCUUAUUAGAUCCAGCGCAUUCAUCGGUACCCAGGGAGUAGCCUUUGCUGCUGUCCGAGGAGCUGGAGCUGCAGGAGGCAGAGGUCGUGGAGGUAGAGCCCGUGGAGGCAGAGCCCGUGGAGGCAGAGCCCGUGGAGAGGGUGCACCUGCAGAGGGCGCUCGUGGAGGCAGAGCUCGUGGACCUAGAGGUCGGAGGGGUGGCGGUAGGGGUCGGGGCGAGUGACUGUAUAUUUGUAUAUAUUUUUUUGUGUACUUUUAUAUUAUGACAUGUGACGACAUUGUAUGGACUCUUUUUAUAUUAACCACGCUUUCUAUUUCCACC